GACGGCAAAUUAUGAUUAGUAAUCUCUACCGAACGUCGACUGAGAGCCCAAGCAAGUUUGAAACUUUGAACUGCACUCAAUCAGGUAUAUACCUAUAUAUACCCACCAGAGUAAGAAGAUGAACACAAACUAGACGAAUAUGGAGGAAGUAAAGGUACUAGGGUUCUGGACAAGUCCAUAUCCUCACAGGGUUAUAUGGGCUCUGAAACUCAAGGGUGUCAAAUAUGAAUAUAUAGAAGAAGACAUAUACAAUAAGAGUGAUUUGCUUCUUCAGAGUAACCCAGUGCAUAAGAAGGUUCCAGUGUUUUUUCAUGGUGGAAAAAUAAUUGCCGAGUCCACUGUUAUUCUUGAGUACAUUGAAGAGACGUGGCCUCAGAACCCUCUGCUACCAAACGACCCUUAUGCAAGGGCCAUGGCUCGGUUUUGGACUAAGUUCUUAGAUGACAAGAAGCCAAACGUUCUUGGGUUCUUUAGGAAAAUUGGAGAUGAGCAAGCAAAAGCAGUAAAAGACGCCCAAGAAAUUAUGACAAUCUUGGAACAGCAUAGCCUUGGGGAGAACAAGUUUUUCAACGGUGACGAGAUUGGAAUGACAGACUUAGCCUUCGGAUUGAUAACAUUCUGGCUUGAGGUCAUGGAAGAAGCAGCUGGUGUACAAGUGCUGGAAGUCAAUCGCUUCCCUCGCUUGCAGGCAUGGAUUAAAAAUUUCAAGGAAGUUCCUGUGAUUAAAGAAAAUCAUCCCGAUGAGAGCCGCCUGUUAGCCUAUAUGAAAGAACGAAGGGAGGAGCAUGUCAAGAAAGCAACUUCUUGAUAUCCACAUGAACCCAAUUAGAAUAAAAGUUCAAAGAUAAAUAAAUGUAAUAAGCUUCUACAUUGUGCUGCACGGUGUUUUGCUCCUCACUCAUCUUCUUUGUAUGGGGUUCUGCAUGCUGUCAUCCCUGCUGGACAACCGUCCUAUUGAAGAUCUUGUGAUUUGUUUUCUUUAAGUUGUUUUUAUUUCCUUGUGCUGCCCUGGUGGGUGUUCAUCCCCGGGUGUAUGUGGUUCUGGCCGUCUCUAGUUUGCUAUUGAAACCUUUGUAUUGACCACAAAAAAAGAAAAAGAAAAGCUUCUACAUUCCGAUAAGCGAAUGGUUCCAACAA